AUGGAGUCACCGAACAAGAGGCUGAAGACCUCGCCACCUGAAUUCAAUGCGCAAGAAGACUUUGUGUCAUUCGGAGACGUUGCGACCGACGACGGCGCAUUUGGAGCGGAGAACGACCAUGUAGAGGACGAGUACCGAUCUUUCAGGGAGUCGGCAGAAGCAACAGAGAAUCAGCGUGGUCAUAGAAGGCACAAUGCCUUGAACGAUCCCCGUAACGCGAAAGACAAGCCCAAGUCGAAGCAUGCAUUACCUGGCUACGAGCCAUGGAUUCUGGUCAAGACCAAAUAUCGCCGUCGCUUUGUGCACAACACCGAGACGAAGGAGAGCUUUUGGUUCAUACCUAAGGAUAUUUUUCCAGGGGUCAUCGAGUUCGAGAGAUGGGAGAAGGGUCAGAAGGAGAAGGCAGACAAUGCCAAGUGGGCGGAGGAACAGCUGAAGCAAAUGCGCAAUGAGAGCAAAGCGCCUGAGGUCAACAAAGCUGCAGACAAGGAAGAGAGGAGUAGAAGAAGGAGAAGCGAAAGUCUGCAGCGGGAAGACGAGGAGACCAUGAUGGCUGAACUGGCUGCGCAGGCUGAGCAUGGGGAAGAAGAAGAUGCGAAGGCCGCAGCGAGUGCUGUGCAGCCUCUGCAACCUCAGAUACAAGGGGCGGAGCUUGAAAGUGACAGCGAGUAUGAAGUAGUGGAAGUGACAGACUCUGAAGGUGAAGAGGACGAUGGAGAGCCAAAGGCGCAAACAGAAGUAGUGGAUGAGGCUGCGGCAGAAGAGGCACAGGAGCCAGAAGAUGGGCUGGUCGAGUUUGGAGAAGAUGACAUCGCAUAUCAGCUGGCUGCGAUGGGCGAAGAUUAUGGCUUGGACCCGGGCGAAUAUGGAGAAGAGGCGUACGAGGGCGAGUGGGAAGACGGUGCGGAAGGCCUUCCAUUAACUGAGGAAGAUGCUGCAAACCUCUUCAAAGACCUACUGGACGACUAUCGAGUCAGUCCAUUCACACCGUGGGACAAGGUCAUAGCCGAUGAGUCCGAUAACAGCAUUCUCAACGACGAUCGCUACACUGUUCUUCCCAACAUGCGCGCUCGGAAAGACGUAUUUGAGGCUUGGGUGAAGGACAAAGCUGCUCAAAUUCAACAGGAACGAGCAACGAUGGCGAAACGGGACCCAAAGAUUCCCUACCUUACUUUUCUGCAACACAACGCCACACCGAAAUUGUACUGGCCAGAGUUUAAACGGAAAUUCAAAAAGGACGUCGAGAUGAACGAUCGCAAGCUCAGCGACAAGGAUCGAGAGAAGCUGUAUAGGGAUCACAUCAACCGGCUGAAGUUGCCAGAGAGCACUCACAAAGCAGACCUUCAGACGCUGCUGAAGAGCGUGCCCUUGAAAGAUCUCAAUCGCGACACUAGCCUCGACGCGCUACCGCAGCAACUGCUGUCACAUCUUCACUUCAUCAGUCUGCCGUCAAGUGUGCGUGAUCGCAUUGUGGAAUCGCACAUCAAAAGCCUCCCAGCUGCCCCAGAUGCCGAUGACAAGACCGACGAGCAGCGGGCUGAGGAGAACAGAAAACGCGAAGAACGACAACGCCGUGAGAAAGCGAUGGCAGAACGUGAGCGCAAGGUGGAAGAGGAAAGGCGUCGUACUGAGAAGGACGAAGCUCGGGCGAGGAGGGAAUUAAGGGAUGGAGAGCGCGAACUUCAAAUGGCUAUGGCUGUUCCCAGGAAAGCGGCUGAAGGUCCCUAUUCAUGA